UUCAUUUCUGCCUCUUUUGUUUUAAACUCCAGAUUAUUAUUUCAUGAGUUGCUUUUUCAUUUCUGGAUUUCUAACUCGGAACUUUUAAUUUUUCCCACAGAGCUGAGAAAACAGAAGUCCUCAGUGAAGAUCUGUUACAGAUUGAGCGGCGCCUGGACGUGGUGCGGUCAAUGUGCCACCAGUCGCACAAGCGCCUGACGGGCUGCUUCCAGGGCCAGCAUGGCACUGACGCCGAGAGGAGACAUAAAAAACUCCCUUUGACAGCUCUCGCUCAGAGUAUGCAAGAAGCAUCUGCUCAGCUAGAAGACUCACUCUUGGGGAAGAUGCUGGAGACAUGUGGAGAUGCUGAGAAUCAGCUGGCACUGGAGCUCUCUCAGCAUGAAGUCUUUGUUGAGAGGGAGAUCUCAGACCCUCUGAAUGUCAUAGCCGAGGUGGAGAUUCCCAACAUCCAGAAACAGAGGAAACAGCUCGCUAAAUUGGUGUUAGACUGGGAUUCUGUCAGAGCCAGAUGGAACCAAGCUCACAAAUCUUCAGGAACCAACUUUCAGGGGCUUCCAUCAAAAAUAGAUACCCUAAAGGAAGAGAUGGAUGAAGCUGGAAAUAAAGUAGAACAGUGCAAGGAUCAGCUUGCAGCAGACAUGUAUAACUUUAUGGCCAAAGAAGGGGAAUACGGCAAAUUCUUUGUUACGUUAUUAGAAGCCCAAGCAGAUUACCAUAGAAAAGCAUUAGCAGUCUUAGAAAAGGCCCUCCCCGAAAUGCGAGCCCAUCAAGAUAAGUGGGCAGAGAAGCCAGCCUUUGGGACUCCGUUGGAAGAACACCUGAAGCGUAGCGGGCGUGAAAUCGCAGUCCCCAUCGAAGCCUGCGUCAUGCUGCUCCUGGAGACGGGCAUGAAGGAGGAGGGCCUUUUCCGAAUUGGGGCUGGGGCCUCCAAGUUAAAGAAACUAAAAGCUGCCUUAGACUGUUCUACUUCUCACCUGGAUGAGUUCUAUUCAGACCCCCAUGCUGUAGCAGGUGCUUUAAAGUCCUAUUUACGGGAAUUGCCUGAACCCUUGAUGACUUUUAAUCUGUAUGACGAGUGGACCCAAGUUGCAAGCGUGCAGGAUCAAGAUAAAAAACUUCAAGAUUUAUGGAGAACAUGUCAGAAGUUGCCACCACAAAAUUUUGUUAACUUUAGGUAUUUAAUCAAGUUCCUUGCAAAGCUUGCUCAGACCAGCGAGAUUAAUAAAAUGACUCCCAGCAACAUUGCAAUUGUAUUAGGCCCUAACUUGUUAUGGGCCAAAAAUGAAGGAUCACUUGCUGAAAUGGCAGCAGCCACCUCAGUUCACGUGGUUGCGGUGAUUGAGCCCAUCAUUCAGCACGCCGAUUGGUUCUUCCCGGAAGAGAUUGAAUUCAAUGUAUCGGAAACAUUUGUACCUCUCGCCAUCCCGAAUUCCAAUCACUCACCCCACACUGGAAAUGACUCUGACUCGGGGACCCUGGAGAGGAAGCGGCCCGCCAGCAUGGCAGUAAUGGAAGGGGACCUAGUUAAGAAGGAGAGUCCUCCAAUACCCAAGGACUCUGUGUCUGCAGCUGUGCCCACACCAGGGAGGAACAGCAGUCAGGUAACCCCUGGCCCAAACCAGGCCCAGGCAGCUACCAGCUCCCAUCAGCUUUCAGUCGGCCCCGCUCACAAUUCUGCUGGUCCCAGCCCUCACACUCUGCGCCGAGCUGUUAAAAAACCUGCUCCAGCACCCCCGAAACCAGGAAACCCACCUCCUGGUCAUCCUGGGGGCCAGAGUUCUCCAGGAACAUCUCAGCACCCACCCAGUCUCUCACCAAAGCCAUCUACCAGAAGUCCUUCUCCUCCUACUCAGCACACAGGCCAGGCUUCAGGCCAACCCUCGGCCGCUCCUCAACUCUCUGCUCCCCGGAGGUACUCCAGCAGCCUGUGUCCAAUACAAGCUCCCAACCACCCGCCGCCGCAGCCCCCAACCCAGGCCACACCUCUGAUGCACACCAAACCGAGUAGCCAGGGCUCUCCCAACCCCAUGGCGCUGCCCAGCGAGCAUGGACUUGAGCAGCCAUCUCACACCCCUCCCCAGACUCCAACACCCCCCAGUACCCCACCUUUAGGAAAACAGAAUUCCGGCCUGCCAGCUUCUCAGACCCAGGCAGUGAGUAACCCUGAGACUGUGCAGCCACAUGGUGGAACCUUACCGAGACCGAGACCGGUACCAAAGCCGAGGAACCGACCCAGCGUGCCCCCACCCCCUCAUCCUCCUGGCGCCCACUCGGCUGGGGAUGGCAGCCUCACCAGCACAGUGCCCACAGCUUCCAAAAUAGUAACGGACACCAAUUCUAGGGCUUCAGAACCGCUUCGCAACAUCUUCCCUGAACUGCAUUCAGACUCGGCAAGCAAAGACCUGCCCAGCCGCAUCCUGCUGGACAUAGACAAUGAAACAGAGAGCACCGCCCUGUGAAGAAAGCCCGCCUCCUACCCUUGAUCUCGUCCACCCUCGGGAGUGGAGCAGGGGCAGGCAUACGGUUACCUCUGCAGACCCAACAGCGAAAAGCUUUCAGUGGAGGGAGAAGGAGGCCUUAGAACACCGGCCUUAGCCUUCUCCACAGCCCAGGAGAGAGCAGAGGCUGACACUUAAAGCUGCAUGACCUGUGUCUUAAAGAAGGUGGCUUUCUUUAAAUGGAAAAGAAAUCAUGCCAAAAAAACAAAACAGACCUAUGAUGGAAAAAGUAUUACUGCCGAGAUAUGUGUAAGAAGCUUUUGUCACUGCUGUUAAUGCAGGCAGCACCAACAGCAAUUCAGAACAAGUACGAAGCAAUGCGUUAACUAUCUAUUUAAUAAAAUCCAUUAAUUGUGCAAGUCGCCUACUUCCUGCUACUUGGACUUUUAUUCCUAUAUCUUAGGAGGGAGGUUCCUCUCCUUCAGACUUGCUGCAGUCAUUUUGUAUUAAGUAUGGUCUGUGUCUUCCCUGGCCCCCUCAAGACCAUGAGCAUUGAUGGUGACCGCUGGAUCCGUCACCUCAUCAAACUGCAUGUGACUUGUGCCUUGGAUUGCCAGAAUGGAGAAAGAAAUUUACUGUUCUUUUUUUAAAAAAAAAAAAUGUAAUUGCUACUUGAUAAGGACUGAACAUCAUUCUAGUUUCAUGUUUAAUUUGAAUUAAAUAUAUUCUGUGGUUUAUAUGAAAACUU